AAAGUGAACCAAAAACGGCUUAAGCGCUCAACUCAGAAUACACUAACGAAGCGUUGCACCGAUACACAGACCUCCUCAUCGUAUCGUAGCUCGGAUCGCCGUACCAGCCGCCGGUAUGACGAUGAUGGCGACCGGCACCAUCGGCACCGGUCGAGAAGUGUGGACCGGUGCCACCGGAGCCGGCGCAGCCGUUCCAAUUCGCGGGAUCGCUACCGGCGCAAUCGUUCCGCUUCCCGGUCGCCGCGUGGACGGUCGCGCCAUCGGAAGAGCUCCACUGCGCCGAACGCCUCGCGCAGCCGGAUCCGGGUCGAUUCGCCGGAGCCGAGCCGUUGCUUGGGCGUGUUCGGGCUGAGCGUGUACACGACGGAGCCGUACCUGAACGAUAUCUUCUGCCACUUUGGCACGGUGGAAAAGUCGAUAGUGAUCUACGACGCGAAGACGCGGCUGUCGCGCGGGUUCGGUUUUGUGUACUUCAAGUCGCAGGCCGAGGCAUCGAUCGCGCGUGCGAACUGCAACGGGCUGCAGAUCCAUGGCCGGCGCAUUCGCGUCGACUACUCCAUCACGGAUCAGCCCCAUCCGCCCACGCCGGGCGUGUACAUGGGCCGAAGGCAGUACAGCCACUCUCCGUCCCCGCGGAACCGAUCACACCACGAGGAGCAUCGACGCCGCCGCCGAUCUCGCUCGUAUUCCCGUUCGUCCUAUGAGAGCCAUUGAGGCCCGACGGUAGCAGGAGCAUGUGCCGGACAAUAAUGUAAGUCGAAAAAGUAGAAGUCUUGAACCCAGAAAUGUCGAACUGUUCAGUAGUGUACACAGGGAAAAAGUCAAAGAAAUAAUGAAAAUGUUGUUGAUCUUUGCCGUGCUUGUGCAAAUUAAUUUAAAUGCUAAGGGAAAAGUCAAGAGAAAAGACACAUGUUUGUCUUUCCUUACAAGCAUGUGAAAAAGACUGCGUUUCAUUUGCAUCAAUGUUUUCCGGAAGUAGGGGCAUCGUGGGCAGUGUGGAUGCACCGAAAAGGUUUCAUUAUUGAACUUCAUUCAACAUCUCUCUGUAC